GGGGCGUGAAAUUGACACGUACCCUCGGCUCAGCCGCCGCAGCUGGGGCUGGCUCUGGGGCCGCGCGUCCCCGGCAGCCGCUGGAGGGUUUCUCGGGGGGCUCGCAGGGGAGGCGGGGCUGCGCUCCAGGGUCCCGCUGGUCCUGCCCGGGGAGGGAGGCUGGGACCCGCCUCAGCAAGGAGCCGGGGGGACCUGGCUGGGGCUGGAAGAUGUCCCUGGCAGGAGGGCGCAGAGUCUCAAUUUGCAAAGGUGUCGCCCAGGAGAGCUGUGGGAGAAAAUUUGGGUUGCUCCUCCUUGCCAUGAGCCGAAAGAAUGACGCUGAGGGUCAUCCCCAAUCAGUUUCUAGAGCAGCGUCCUCUCUUUGUGGAGAACACAGAGCACGAGUAUCCCACGCCGAAGUCACUCUCAGAUCCAUCCAUGACUGAGGGACCCUCUGCUCCAGUUGAGCCAGAACUGCUGUCCUCCAACCUAACCAACUCUACAGACUGUGGAGAGGAGAUCCUACUCUAUGGAGACACUGAGAAAAUCGUGAUUGGGACAGUGCUCUCCAUCAUCACCUUAAUGACCAUCGCUGGCAACGCCUUGGUCAUCAUCUCUGUGAGCAUUGUCAAGAAGCUCCGGCAGCCCUCCAACUACCUGGUGAUCUCCUUGGCAGCGGCCGACCUCUCUGUCGCCUUUGCGGUCAUGCCCUUCGUGAUCAUUACGGAUCUGGUGGGAGGGGAGUGGCUGUUUGGGAAGGUGUUUUGCAAUGUGUUCAUCGCCAUGGAUGUUAUGUGCUGCACCGCUUCCAUCAUGACCUUGUGUGUCAUCAGCGUGGACAGGUACUUGGGGAUCACACGACCGCUGACAUACCCUGUGAGACAAAAUGGGAAACUAAUGGCCAAGAUGGUGUUCAUAGUUUGGCUUCUUUCUGCCUCCAUAACUCUUCCUCCACUGUUUGGCUGGGCUAAGAACGUCAACGUUGAAAGGGUCUGCCUCAUCAGCCAGGACUUUGGAUACACUAUCUACUCCACUGGGGUCGCCUUCUAUAUCCCCAUGACAGUCAUGCUUGUCAUGUACAGCCGGAUCUACAAAGCUGCCAAGGUCAGUGCAGAGAAACACCGAUUCAUAAACUUCCCCAGACACCAGGAGAAGGAGGGGGUGUACUGCAUGGACGUCAGCGUCCGAGGCCAUCAGAGCUCCAAGCGCAGCAAGGCGGUGGAGGAGUGUGCCACGUUGUCCAAACUGCUUCGGCAAGAUCGAAAGAACAUUUCCAUCUUCAAAAGGGAGCAGAAAGCAGCGAGAACUCUCGGCAUUAUCGUGGGGGCCUUUACCUUUUGCUGGUUUCCCUUCUUUCUGAUGUCCACAGCCCGGCCUUUCAUUUGUGGUAUCCAGUGCAGCUGCAUGCCCCUGCGGCUGGAGAGGACCCUGCUGUGGCUGGGUUACACCAACUCCCUUAUCAACCCCUUGAUCUAUGCUUUCUUCAACCGUGAUCUAAGGACUACUUUUUGGAACCUUCUGCGGUGCAGGUACAGGAACAUCAACAGGAGGCUGUCUGCAGCCAGCAUGCAUGAGGCCUUGAAAGUCACAGAGAGACAUGAGGGCAUCUUGUAAAUCUCCAAGAAGGUCGCGUUCCUUAGCCUAAAGCAAGCGCUGAGUGCCUAAUUAAAGAACUCCUGCUCGUCCAUCUAGCCUAUUGCAGGGUUCCCUUUUCAAUCACCUGUCCGGCUUGGAAAAAAUGUGUAUUGUUCCUCUGCCAGAGUUAACCAUCGCCAAAAUUGCACAAGUGCUUGUCACCCAAGAGGUGUUCAAGUUUGAGUAUCUGAGGGCCACACCUACAGCAGAAGAAAUCAUAACCCUUCCUUUUUCCUCUUUGGUAGGAAGAUGCAGCCCAUGGAGACAGCAGUUCGCGCCAGUGUGUGGUGCAUGAGAAGGCAAGUCAGGAUCUCCUGGGUUCUCUUCCAAGCUCUGCCACUGACUGACAGUGUGACCUUGGGCCAAUCAUUUAUAGCUCCGUGCCUCUGUUUCCCAAUCUGUAAAAACAGGAAUACCACUCACCUUUGUAAAAGGCUUUGAGAUCUGUGGAGGGGGAAAGCACUAUGUGCUAUUCUUGGAUAAUCUCCUAGGCUGCAUUUCCGUAGCAAACAGGAGAGCAGCUAUGGGCUGUGUUAUAGAUGUCAAUGGAACACAUUGUAAGCCCUACACUUUGCAUCCCUGCUUAUAAACUGUUGCAACUGAUUUAGUUCCAUUGUACACUCUCAAGCCAGUUCUAAGUUUGCAUGGCAGGGAAUGAUACCAAUGACCCUCUUUCCGCAAGCCCUUGUGUUACAGUACCUGAAAGUGGCAUGCUUAAAAAUAACAAUGCAAAACCUUGUUUAACAGCCUAUUUAUAUCGGAGAAGUGAGGAGCAAGUAAAGACUGCUGUAUUUACUGGGAUAUAUUAUAUAGUUCAUUCACAGCCUAGUGAUGUGCUUUCCUAAUUUUGUGGCUAAUUGAUUAAUCAAGGCAGUACAUAAAAGCACACUUUGGUUGAAAAGAGACAAAAAUGUAUUAUUUCACUGACUGCUUUACAGUGAUGCACUAUAAUGUACAGAAAAUGUGAAAAAUAUCAUACUGAACAAUGUGUCAUUCUUUUACAAAGUUUCUUUAUUCCUAUCUAGAUUUUUUUUUUUUUACAUAUUCAGACUUUUGGUGCAUUUUUUCCACCCUUUGACAUAGCUCUGUUUGGCCCCGAUCCCAAACCUACUGAAGUCAAUAGAAAGAACAUCCACUGAUUUCUGUGGGCUUUGGAUCAGGUGCCCUUGUGAAUUUAAAAAAAUUCCUGUCAAGGCUGAAGAAGAGAUUGUACUAACACAUAGGGGAUCAUGGGCUCUUCUUUCUUAGGGAUUUCCUUUGUUAAGCCCUACGAAAAGGCAAGGCUGAAAUAUCAAAUAAAGGCGCUCCUAUUACUUUGAGAGAGAGAAAAUAUCUCAAAAGUUCUCAUCAGUCAAGAUGAGUUUCCUUUAGGCUCAUUGACAUCCUAGCUGUUAAACCUCAAGUCAAGGGAAGUAUAGCCAAUGGACUUGAUGGAUCGUUGUAGCACAUGAUCUGCUCUGAACACAAUGGGCGUUCACAGCUGGAUUUUUCAGAAAUUACCCACAAAAUACAUUGAAUGAUAUCCUGGCCCGACUGAAAUCAAUGGGAGUUUUUCACUGAUGGGGGGAUGGGGGGAAGCAGAGUGUGUGUGUGGGGGGGGGCUAUUGAAGGGAAAGUAGUCCUCCCCCACCCCAGUACCAGGUCAAAUUACCAGCUCCACCCAUUCCGUGUCCAACUUCCAGCAUUUGCUGAUAAUUAUUUAGAUGUUGAGAGCUCCCAAAAUGGGCUAAAAGAAAAGGAGUACUUGUGGCACCUUAGAGACUAACAAAUUUAUUGCACUUUCUAUCAUGUAAGCAGACCCAGUCCCUUCCUUAAGAGCAUACAGUACACAAUGGCAAAGGUGGAUGAAGGGCAGAGGUGACACAAUAUACAAAUGAAGCCAUGUGGAUAUUCACAGGCAGUUGUCUAAUUAGUUACAUGUGUGAGUUUCUUUAACAUCCAAUGUAUUGUGCUCUCUGCUCAGCAACCACACUCCACAAUUUGGCCUGCUUAUCUUUUUGCCACCCUGUCUGCCAUGCAUACUUACAUGUCUUACUCCUUCCUUCCAGCAGUUCACUCUCAAGAUACAUACACGAAAUAGCUACAUAGAUGACUCACUGAUCUAAGAUGUGCAAGUGCCCCUAUGAUGGGCACCAAAGUAAGGCCAAGAUCCAGCUCUGAUGUGCGUGUUCUAGAGUUUUAAAAAGACAAGGGAUCCUCUUUUAAUCUAGAGCCACAUGGUACAUCAUUUUGACUGUUAUGCAGAUGUGCUGGCUGGGAUGUCCAGUGGUGUUUCAUCGUACAGUAGGGUGUAUAGUAUAAUAAGCGGGUGUGGCCAGGCCCUCAGCCCAACUGCGCGCUUGGCUUAGAAUGAUGGAUGGGUAAAAACACAGCCUCAUUCCGAGGUUUUACAAUCUCAUCCAGGCAAGGACAGUACAAUCCACACACGCCCAAUGCUAUAAUUUGGCAGCAGACUCCAAAUAGAAAAAUAAAUGUGAUGUAACGG